UUCCAGUCAAUCCAAACAAGCCGUAAAAGCAUUUUCAAAUUAUUCUAGUCUCUUUUCUCUCCUGUCCUUCCAACUCUCGAGUCCAAACAUCAGUCAACGGCUUUCCCUUGCCUCCUCUUUAGUUGAGCACACACGGACACAGUCCGUAACGUUAAUGGUGGAUUCCCAAUUUCAAAGACUGUAUAAUUUUGCAGGCACAUCACAUGGACAACCUCAAAUCACUACUUCCCAUCAACCUCAAGCGCCUGAUUACAGAAAGCACACCCGAUGAUCUUCCAUUAACAUCUUCCUCACUUCUCGACUUCUUUCUUCACCUACCCCAUUUUAACCAAAUUGUUAGGGAUUUAACAGACCCAGAGACUGGUCUAUGUGGUAAGGACAAGGACGCUGCUCUUGAAUCGAAGCGCAAGGGCAACGAAUGCGUCUCCAAAGGAGAUUACUCCAAGGCUCUCAAUUUGUAUUCCCAGGCACUUCGGGUUGCUCCAACAGAUGCUGAUGACAUGGACAAAAAUCUGGUGGCAACGCUAUAUGUGAAUCGUGCAUCUGUAUCGCAUAAAAUGGGUCUUCUAGUGGAGUGUCUACGAGAUUGCGACCGGGCUCUUGUAAUUUCUCCAAGUUAUGCAAAGGCAUGGUAUAGGAGAGGUAAGGCAAAUGCUUCUUUGGAAAAUUAUGAAGAUGCAAGCCGUGAUUUAAAUGUUGCCAUGAACCUGGAACUGUCUUUGGGUGGAAAGAGACAGAUAGAGAGUGAGCUGAAGUUAAUCUCAGACCAAAAUAAGGGGACAAGCAAUUCAUUGGAUAAAUCUAAUGAGAACAACUUGGUUUUCAGUUUUCCUCAGUCUUCUGUGACAGAUGAGGAACACCAAAUAAAAUUGCAGUGUGUCUCUACGCCAAAUAAAGGGAGGGGUAUGGCCUGUUUGACUGACAUUCCUCGAGCUUCUUUAAUUCAUGUUGAAGAACCUUAUGCUGCGCUAAUUACUCAGUUCUGGACGGAUAUAAUUCUUUCUUGCCUCACUGAUCUGCAGAUCAUAUUGAAGCAGUGUCGGGAAACUCAUUGUCACUUCUGCUUGAAUGAACUACCAGCGGAUACAGUUCCUUGUUCAUCAUGUUCAACACCAUUAUAUUGUUCCCGGCAAUGUCAAAUACAAGCAGGAGGAAAAAAGUUGGGGAAUAAUUCAAAGAAUUAUGGCAUUCACGAGACUUUCUCGGGUGAUCUUGAAAAAUAUAUUUCAGAUAUUACUUCAGCCAAUGUAUGUGAUCCGGUUGAUGAAUGCUUUGCUGAACAUAGACAUGAGUGCCAAGGUGUACAUUGGCCUGCAAUAUUGCCAUCUGACAUAAUUUUGGCUGGUCGAGUUCUAGUGAAGUCCAUAGAGAAACAGAGACAUGUUAAAGAUGCUUCCAAACUCAUAGGAACUUUGGAGCUUUCUCACAAUUAUGUAAACCUUCCUCCAGAAAUCAAAUUGGAGUUACAUAUAUAUUCCAUCAUUUUGUUGUACUGUCUUCAGCAUUGUUACGACACUGAAUUUCCAAUUAGUGGGGUUACUGUUUCACAGUUUGUUAUCCUUCUUUCUCAAAUUAAGGUGAACUCUAUGGCUAUUGUUCGUAUGAAAUAUCUAGAUGUAUAUGGGCCACUGACUCAGUCCGGAAAAUUUUCUCCUGCGGGGGAUGCUUUAACAAGCAACGUGGAACAGGUCAGAGUAGGUCUAGCUAUCUAUUCAGCCGGCUGUUUGUUUAACCAUUCCUGUCAACCAAACAUCCAUGCAUAUUUCCUCUCACGUACUCUCCAUAUACAAUCAACAGAAUUUGUGGCAGCUGGGUACCCACUGGAGCUGUCUUAUGGUCCACAGGUUGGGCAUUGGGACUGUCAAGACCGCCAACAAUUUCUGGAGGAUCAAUACUCAUUCAGAUGUCAGUGCAGUGGCUGUUCAGAAUUGAAUCUAUCUGACCUUGUUUUAAAUGCUUUUCGGUGUGUGAAGCUAAAUUGUUUUGGCGUAGUCUUAGAUAGCUGCAGGGUCAAGUACGAAAACCAGAAAAUCCACCACUUCGUUGGUGUUUGCAGUACGGACCCUUGCAUUCAGGUUGACAAUCUCAAAAAUGAUGAGAUUUAUAAAGUGGCUCACCAUGUGUUUGAAGAAAUCAAUCACACCCAUCAGAUUGAGCCUGGAUAUUGUUUGAAUUGUGGUUCGUAUCGUGAUCUGGAAGCUUCAAGUGCAAGAGUCAAUGAAGCUGAGAUUUAUAUCAGAAGAUUGCAUGAUGCAAUAAUUUCCAAUGAAGUCCCAGCUAAUAAACUUUUAGAUGCUUUGAGAUCUCUUGAUAUGUUGAGAUCAACAUUGCAUGCAUACAACAAGAAAGUUGCACAGGUGGAGGACAAUAUUGCGCAGGCAUUUUGUCUAGUUGGAGAACUACAACCUGCAAUGGACCAUUGUAAAGCAUCAAUUGAGAUCCUUGAAAAGCUCCAUGAUCCUAAUCACAUUGUUAUUGGAAAUGAAUUGGUAAAACUUUCAUCCAUUCAGUUAUGUAUGGGUGACAGUGCGGCCAUGGAGAACAUAAAUCGUGUGGGUUCGAUUUUUUUCCGGUACUAUGGAUCUCACUCCGACAUAAUAUUCCCAUAUCUGCAAUACCUGAAGACAGAAGCUCACAAACUUCUUCAGUAAAGUGUCAUUCUAUGCUUACCGUUCAAGUUAACAAUGCAUUAAGAGCCCUAAUGCAUAAAUCACAUUGUUCGAUCUCCCUAUCCCUAUGGGAGGGAGAAAGAACUACUUUUCCUGAGUCACAAGAUGCAUUCAUCCCAACUGUUGCCGUCUGUUUGGCAUAUUUGCCUUGUAGAGAGAUGGCUAGUAAUGAGCCCAUGGCUUUUAAACAUUGCUGGUGAAGUUGUUCCUCUCACUGAUGCUUAAAGUCAUAAAAAGUAGUUAACAUUUCAGAUGAUUGCAGAUUUGUAUAUUGAUUUAUUUAUUUAUUAUUAUUAUUUUAAUUUUUGGUUCUUCA